CGGGCUGCUGACGGCUCUUUCCACAGCGUAUGACGGAUAAAUGCUUUCGGAAGUGCAUCGGGAAGCCCGGCGGAGCCCUGGACAACUCGGAGCAGAAGUGCAUCGCCAUGUGCAUGGACCGCUAUAUGGACGCCUGGAACGCGGUUUCUCGAGCCUACAAUUCCCGGCUGCAGCGGGAGAGAGCCAACAUGUGACGCGGGACGGAGCGCGGAGGCGGCUGCAAUAAACCCCCAUUGAACCCUG